AUGAUCUGCUACAACAGUUGUCCACUAUCAGUCUCAAUCAAACCACUACCACAUCCAGUAACAACAGCGGCUACGGCAACAACAUCAGUAGCAGGUCGUAUAGAUGAUUCAACGACGUCAGCAGCAGCAAAAGAAUUUACAGAUACUGUCCGUAAGUUUUCGAGUGAUACCACUCUUGAUCCAUCACCUUUACUAUAUGGUCAACCCACCACUGUUGCUGCUACCGCGAGCGAUGUCGUUUUUGUUAGUUUUAAAUUAGGGAGUCUUAUCUUGUCUGGCAGCUAUGUGAACUUACCGCUGCUGUUGUUACCAUAUGACGGAUCACAAGCUAAAGACUUCGACAUGGACAUAGGAAAAGUAUUUCUACUGCCGAAAUCAGGUGGUGAUCCUUGCUUGCGUCGGAUACUAACGCUACCGGAGUUUUUAUUGGCAUGGUUAAAAUAUACCACCAUUUUUUGCGAAGUGUAUGAACAGAGACGACAGAAAUUAAACAAAUAUCAGACUCAAAUCAUUAGUAUGGCGCAACGUUUUCCAGGUCCAUCCUUUUAUUUUUAUCAUUGUGAAUUUGCGCGAAAGGAUGACGCUCUUUUGAGCAAAACUG